AUGUCUAUCCCACUUCCCGGCACUUACAAGAUCGCCAAUGCCCAUUUCAAGACCAAUCAGUUGUUUGACUUGCAAGGUGGAAGUGUCAAAUCAGGAGCUCCUAUCGUUGCCCGCGGCAACGCAAAGUUCAGGAGUGGCGAGACCCAAAUGCUCUGGACGUUGCAAGUGUUGCGCAACGCGAACCCAGGCAUGAUCGUCAGACUCAUCAACGUCUUAGCCGGCACAUUCGCUCAACCCAUGCUCGGAGUCCCGAGCAACGGCGGCGAGAUCGUCGGUGGUAAUGCUGUCGCGGAGUGGCUCCUCACUCCGACUGCCACCCUCGGACAGUACUCACUCCAGACCACUGAUGGGACGUUCGCCUGUUCCCUUUCUGAGGGCGUUGAUUUCACUCGUGUGAAUCUCCAGGCCACCGAUUUAACGGACGACAGGCAGGCCUGGGUGUUUGCCCCCGCCUCAGUGUAGCUGUGAGACAAUAGCUCAGGUUAGCGAUCGAAUGGCGGAUUCAGUGAAGCUUCUUGGUUUUGGUUGUCGAGGUCGUGUAUCAGUUAACAAGUUCUGCGUUGAUCAUACACGAAUUUGAGUUUUUCCAUGUUUCCAGCACUCGUCAUACUGGCAAACACCUAGGAAUGGUGAUAUCUGCCAGUGUGUGAGGCUCUGAGCAGACAUCGAGAAUUAGGAGCUGAAAUCCAUCGAG